GCCACCGCCCACCCCCAGGAGGAACGCCGACCCGCGCGGCCGCGGGGAAACGUAAAGUUUGUGCGGCUCAAAGUGACGCAAAAAUUCUUAAAGAGCUCUGUGGCGGCGGAUAUCUAGAGAUCAGACCAUGUGAGGGGCCGAGAGUACAAAUACGGCAGCUCGGGCGCAGCUCCCGCACAGGCAGCGGCCGCCCCGGUGCCUCGAAGGCGCGAGGGUCGCCCCGCCUCGGAGAGCCGCGCGCGGGACCAGCCUCCCCACGGACUCCCGGCAGAGCUCUCAACCCCAUUGAUAUAAAGCUCCGAGGACACCCACAGAUCCUGCACUAAGAAUUCAGUUCCGGUCUUCGGCAGAUGGGCGUCAGUAUCACCUACUAGCCAGCAGGAUGGAGACCACACCGUUAAAUUCCCGGAAGGAGCUGUCGGUGUGUAAGGAUGGAGAAGAUUGUCAGGAAAAUGGAAUUCUACAGAAGGGUGUCCCCACACCUGGGGACAAGGAGGAAUCCGGCCAAAUCUCCAAUGGGUACUCAGUGGCACCAAGCCCCAGUGCAGGAGAUUGCACUCAGCACUCCGACCCAGCUGCCACCGCGGUCCUAGUGGCUGAGGUUCAUCAAGGGGAACGGGAGACCUGGGGCAAGAAGGUGGAUUUCCUCCUGUCGGUAAUUGGCUACGCCGUGGACCUGGGCAACGUCUGGCGCUUUCCCUACAUAUGUUACCAGAAUGGAGGGGGGGCGUUCCUCCUCCCCUACACCAUCAUGGCCAUCUUUGGGGGGAUCCCACUUUUCUACAUGGAGCUUGUGCUGGGCCAGUACCACCGAAAUGGAUGCAUUUCAAUAUGGAGGAAAAUCUGUCCGAUUUUCAAAGGGAUCGGUUACGCCAUCUGCAUCAUUGCCUUUUACAUCGCCUCCUACUACAACACUAUCAUGGCCUGGGCGCUGUACUACCUCAUCUCCUCCUUCACUGACCAGCUGCCCUGGACCAGCUGCAAGAACCCCUGGAACACCGGCAACUGCACCAAUUACUUCUCCGAGGACAACGUCACCUGGACGCCCCACUCCACGUCCCCUGCAGAGGAGUUUUACACGCGCCAUGUCCUACAGAUCCACCGGUCAAAGGGACUUCAGGACCUGGGGGGCAUCAGCUGGCAGCUUGCCCUCUGCAUCAUGCUGAUCUUCACUGUUAUCUACUUUAGCAUCUGGAAAGGUGUCAAAACAUCUGGCAAGGUGGUAUGGGUGACAGCCACCUUCCCUUACAUCAUCCUUUUGGUCCUGCUGGUGAGAGGGGCCACCCUCCCUGGAGCCUGGAGAGGUGUUGUCUUCUACCUGAAACCCAACUGGCAGAAACUCCUGGAGACAGGGGUGUGGGUAGAUGCUGCCGCUCAGAUCUUCUUCUCUCUUGGUCCCGGCUUCGGGGUCCUACUGGCUUUUGCUAGCUACAACAAAUUCAACAACAACUGUUAUCAAGAUGCCCUGGUGACCAGUGUGGUGAACUGCAUGACGAGCUUCGUUUCGGGAUUUGUCAUCUUCACGGUGCUCGGGUAUAUGGCUGAGAUGAGGAAUGAAGAUGUGUCCGAGGUAGCCAAAGAUGCAGGCCCCAGCCUCCUCUUCAUCACGUAUGCAGAAGCCAUAGCUAACAUGCCGGCGUCCACGUUCUUUGCCAUCAUCUUCUUCUUGAUGUUAAUCACACUGGGCUUGGAUAGCACGUUUGCAGGCUUGGAGGGAGUGAUCACGGCCGUGCUGGAUGAGUUUCCGCACAUCUGGGCCAAGCGCCGGGAGUUGUUAGUCCUCGGUGUGGUCGUUACCUGCUUCUUGGGGUCCCUGGUAACCCUGACUUUUGGAGGGGCCUAUGUGGUGAAGCUGCUGGAGGAGUAUGCCACGGGGCCCGCAGUGCUCACCGUCGUGCUGAUAGAAGCAGUCGCUGUGCAUUGGUUCUAUGGCAUCACCCAGUUCUGCAGUGAUGUGAAGGAAAUGCUUGGCUUCAGUCCUGGAUGGUUUUGGAAGAUCUGCUGGGUAGCCAUCAGCCCCCUGUUUCUCCUGUUCAUCAUUUGCAGUUUUUUGAUGAGCCCGCCACAGUUACGACUUUUCCAGUAUAAUUAUCCUCACUGGAGUAUCGUCCUGGGUUAUUGCAUAGGAACCUCGUCUUUCAUCUGCAUCCCCACAUAUAUGACUUACCUGCUGAUCGUCACUCCAGGGACACUAAAGGAGCGUAUUAUUAAAAGUAUCACUCCAGAGACACCAACAGAAAUUCCCUGUGGGGAGAUCCGCUUGAAUGCUGUAUAAAGCGCUUCAACAAGAGGAAAAUGGCUUCCCAACCUCUUCCUCCAGUUCUGACAAGUCACACCUGCCUUCUCCCUCUAAGUGAAUGAGUUUCCAGCUACGCCUGACAAUGGAUGGGCCUUCUUCAUGUAUUGGGAUACAGUCCCAAAAGACUACGGUGCCCAGACUCUCAUGGCCUCUGGCCACUUCUUUCUGUGAAAACUCCUGGAUGUCUUGCCAUGUUACACUCUGAUGCAGCUGAACGGAACUAUUUUGGAUGUAUGAGGGUGCAUAUAUAUGGAGGGGAUGAAAACCACCAUACAAAUCAGUUAGGAUUACAUGUAGAAUCAAG